GUGCACUCACACAAAUGAAACACUAUCCCCCUGGUGGCGUGUAGACCUGGGCCAGAAGUACGUGGUUUACAGUGUAACGCUAUUUAACAGAGGCGAUACUAGUGACUCCGGUAAAAAGUUAAAAAAUAUUCAAGUAUUGGUACGUAACAGUACAGAUACCGACAGCGGAGACGUAUGUGCAUUGCAUGACACUCAAGUGCCCAGUGGUGGAAGUAUAGAAUUGCCGUGCAUAGUGCCAUAUAUUGGGCAAGUCGUGAUUGUCCAGCUGCAGUACACGGCACCUUUAAUACUCUGUGAAGUGAUUAUUAAAGGGUACAGGUAUGGAGAUUGCAAGAAUAAAAACUUUGGUCCCGAAUGCAGAAAUCGCUGUAAUUGUAGAAAUACCGAUGAACAGUGUCAUCCCGUGUAUGGAGUCUGUAUAUCUGGCUGUGCUGAAGGCUGGCACGGGAAAAAUGGGACAUGUCAAGUGGAUACGUCAUCACUCCCGCAUCUCACCACAGCACCGAAUAUGUCAUCAAGGACACAAGAUUCACUCACCAUUAGUUGGCAAAAAUGGUCAUCCAAGCCCGGCUCUGGGGUUCUUCACAGCUACGUCGUUAGAGUUUGGCGGUGGAUAUACCUACACGGCAGUGUAACAGUACCACCGGAAAACCAUACAGCCACUGUGAAUAAUCUUUCUAUGUACACAGAGUACAAUAUCACUGUAACCAUCACGAAUGAAGCAGGGUAUUAUGGUUUUUCUAGUCCAGCAACCACCACAAGAACAUGUGGAGUUCCCGUGGCACCACCAAAACCAAACGUCCGUUCUCUUCUUGCCUCAUCGAAAAGAUCUGCUUACAUAGAGCUAAAUAUAACGGGAAUGAACCGAGAUAUCCAUAGAUGCGACGGGUUUGCAAAGUUAACCGUGCGAUAUGAGGGAGAAUUCAAUCACAUUGGCACGGCAGAUGUGCUGCAUGUCAAAGAAACGCAGUCGAUUACCAUUACCAACCUCACAACAUAUAGUAAAUACACCAUCUACCUGACAGCAGUUAACAACUUACUACUGCAAGGGCCACCAGUGACAGUGAUGCAUACUACAGCUGAAGGGAUUCCAGCAAAGAUGGAGGCACCAAAGGUGACAUCUACUGGAGACAGCUUCAUAGAGAUUACAUGGCGUGCGCCGUCCCCUCCAGGUGGCGUUAUCAUCAGUUACGAGAUAUCAUACACUCAACAAUCCGACCAGUGGGAAAUAAUAACGACUACUGCAGACAUCUAUAGACAUAUUAUUGGCGGUUUACAAUUAAAUUCCACUUACAUGAUUCGAAUCCGUGCCAAAACUACUGUCGGCCACGGCGAGUAUAGCGACCAAAUACAGGCAAAAACGAACCAAGAGAAAGCCACUCCGGCCCAUGUCACAGGUAUAAAUGGUGGCGCUGCAGCAGGGGGUGUCUUGGGGGUUGUGGUCCUAGCGGCGGUAGUUGUGGUUGUAAUUGUCAUAUAUAAGAGAAGACAGCACCUUAACAACUCUAAUGAAGUUGACGCAUUUUCUGAACUGCAAGGAAAACAAGAUGAACUCGUAGAAGAAUUGCCGAGAGAAAAUAUGAAUGAAAAUACCGACGACGAGCAUCUCUAUGGCAAUAUUGAUCAAAGCACAGAAAUCCCUGUAGAGGACAUUUUUGAGGUCAUGAAAUUAAAAACAAGAGAUGUUCUUAAGGCUGAAUAUCAGAAAUUCCCUACCGUAUUUGUUUGUCCCUGUGAAGCCGGCCAAAAGCGAGAGAACAAACUAAAGAACAGGUUCCAAAACAUUAUGCCAUACGACCAUAGCCGAAUUGUACUGGAUCUUUUGCAAGGUGAUCCAAACUCUGACUACGUCAACGCAAACUACAUUGAUGGAUAUAAGAGACCACGUGCAUUUAUUGCUGCUCAAGGUCCAAAACCGAAUACCGUGAAGGACUUUUGGAGGAUGAUUUGGCAAGUCCACACUCCACAAAUUGUAAUGGUGACAAAAACUGUGGAAAUGGGCAAGCAAAAAUGUGAGCAGUACUGGGCAGACGAGGGAGUGAAACAGUUCGGUGAAAUAGAAGUGACUACACUGGAUGAAAUUCAAGGACAGGACUAUUUUGUCCGAAAUCUGAAGUAUUGUAAGGUUGGAGAACCAGCAGUCCGUAUUGUUAAACAGUUCCACUUCACCGGUUGGCCUGACCAUGGUGUGCCUGUUGACUCAACGGCUUUGGUAAAAUUCCGAGAGGAAGUUAAGAAGUAUCAAAGUCAGGUUCAAGACCAAGGACCUAUCAUUGUACAUUGCAGCGCUGGGGUUGGUAGGACCGGAACUUUCAUAGCACUGGACUACCUGUUUGAACAAGUGCUUGCUGAAGGAAAAAUCGACAUAUAUCAACUCGUCCAAGAAAUGCGAGCAUCGCGACCGAAGAUGGUGCAGACAGUGGAGCAAUAUUACUUCAUCCAUGAUGUGAUGUUGGAAGAACUGCAUUGUGGUUUAACCUCUAUACCAGUGCAAGAUUUUGCCACUCGUCUGCGGAAACUGAGAAGAAGGAACAAGUCGGGACUGACCAAAAUGGAAGAAGAGUUUGUGAUACUAAACCUUAUGUUGCCUGAAAUAGAAGAAAGCUCCAUCAAGACGGCCUUGGAACCCAUCAACAUUGAGAAGAAUAGAGUGAAAAAUAUUGUUGCAGGUAACCACUGCAGACCAUACCUUGUGUCAUACGUGAAGGACAGCACUGACUACAUUAAUGCGGUGUUCAUAGAUGGAUACCAACGCCAAGAUGCCUAUAUCGUGACGCAGAUGCCUCUGCCUCAUACGGUGGUUGACUUCUGGAGUAUGCUGUAUGACCAACAUUGUGCGACUAUAGUUAUGUUGAAUGAAGCGAACGAAGAUAGCAAGACAAGUGCCGUGUACUGGCCGGUAGAGGAGCCGACUACUUACGGUCAUUUUACUGUCGAAGUGAUCUCUACGCGUCAGAUUGGGGAAUCUAUCACCGUAAGGAAGUUGAAGCUGGUUAGUUCAAAGCGACACUCCGGCCCUCCAAGAACUGUCUGCCAAUUCCAGUCUCAUGACUGGAUGACAUCAGAACCAGUGCCGCCAUCACCGCGUGCGUUUCUUGAGCUGUUUGACGCAGUUCAACAAUGGCAACAAAAAAGUGGAAACACUUCCAUAACUGUCCACUGCAUGAACGGUGCCCACCAGAGCGGGUUGUUCUGCGCCGUGGCUCGCAUACUGGACAAGCUGAAGGUGGAGCAGGAAGUGGAUGUCUUCCACACGGUAAAAGCUGUCAGACAAAACAGACCACAGCUGAUCGAUAGCAAGGAGCAGUACUACUUUUGCUAUGAAGUGAUUGAAGAAUACGCUCACAGGUUCGACACGUACGCCAACUUCCAUAUGUAGGAUUUUAAAGGACACUGAAGAAGUCGCCUUCAAGGAGAUAUAAAAGAAAGGCUCCCUUUUUUAAGUACAGAUUUUAUGAUUACUUGCAAUCAACUGUUGUUUUUCCAAGCAACAAUGUCGUUAGAUAGAGGGACGAGGACACUGCUUGCUUUUCUGACCUCCCUAUAAACUUUUAUUUCUUUGGAAGGAGGGAAGAAAUCACUGACACAUACUGGAAGCGAUUGCCAUAGUCUAAGUUUUACAUUUAGCUACGCAAUAGACAUACAUGCAACUGAGGAAUUAAGGAAUAACUUAAUGUUCCUGUAUUUUAAGCUGUUGCUAAAAACAUAUAGUUUAUUAAUAUUUUACUACUAUAAAUGAUAUGUACUCGUACAUGUUAUCCAGGAUUUAUAAUGACAUUACUGUAUUUGUUUUUUGUCAGUAUCUUUUGACAGAGGAGAAAAAAGGCUUUAAAUUUCCUGCAGUAUGCUUGCCAUUUGUAACGUAGGAGGUACCAGGGGAGGGUGCAAGCCACCUGAUCAGUGAGUCAAAGAGAUAAGUAACUAUUUGACCAACACUUUUUUAAUGAUUUUGUGAAGUUUAUGGGCGAUAUGAACUCUCUCUUUGAGUAAAAAGUUGUGGAAUUAUUUUAAAGUACUCAGGAGCGCUGCAAACAUCUAAGCGGAAUGAAUGGAUCAUGCUUUGUACAUUCACGGGAAUACAUUUGCGAAGAAUUUAAUUGCAAUGACCGACCGUUACAUAUUCACCAAUGUGCACGAAUCAACCCCCCCCCCCCGACCUUUUGCCACCAAAAGCCUACACAACAUAAUCCACCGCCAACCCCGUGCUACCCCAAGCCUUCCCUAUGCCGACCGCCGCCUAGGGAAGGGGACCUAGCAAUUUUUAUGUACUUUAAAUGCCCAAAAUAUAUUCCAAGGAAGAACGGUUGACCCAACCCGAAACACGGAAAAGUCAAGGACUGUGCAAUGUUCCAAAAAGCCCAUUUGUUCACAAAGACUGGAUUAUAUUAAAGACAGCCUCACUGAAAUGUACUCAGUCCAAAUGAGCAAGGAGCUUUGGAGACCAUGUCUCACGUUGAUGAACACGGCUAAUAGAAAUUUAAGGUGCUCUUUAAAGAUCAAAGUAUUAUAAAUGUUUAUUACUUUGGAAGAUCUAUUGGUCUUUUUAUCUAAAGGAUAUUUCAUUAGAGGUAGUAGUAUUUAUUCAAGAAGAAGAUAUACAAUUCAUAACGCUAAAUAUAAUAGCAAGGAGAGCAAAAUAUUCUGGAUGUUGCAAAUAUGUCUUUAUUUACCCUCGACAACUGAUUAACUUCGGAUACAAACUUUUCAUCACAAUUACAGCAAAUUAUUAAAUGUGUCUAUAGAGCCAUGUACCUUGUUACAAAAAUAAAAUAUGCAA